CUAUAUAAUGACAGGACCUGGCUGGUUACCAUGUAGUAGCCUGAUCACUCAGACCAUGAGGGUGUCUCUCGUUGGAUUUCUGUUUGUCCUCUCAGCUCUAACUUCGACCGGAUUUUCUCUCUCAUGCCAUUGGUGUCUCUUGUCCGAAUACACCUCCUGUCCUGAAAGAACCAUGCAGUGCCUGUCCGCAGAUUAUGCUUGUGGUGUUAGCCGUACAACAACUUUACUAAAUGGGAUCGUAUACUAUCAAAUAUUUGACUUCUCUUGUGUACCUAAGACACAAUGUAACACACAGGGGAGUUUCAGCUUCCCUUAUGGCAAGAUCAAGAGGAACACUUACUGUUGUUAUACUGAUAACUGUAUUGCACCAGAACCUCCAUUUAUCGAGGCGGGUUCGUCCAACUCACUGAUGGUGCCAACUUCUGGCAAGCUUCAAGACAGUUUUGCUAUGGAAACAGCAAAUGAAGUAAAGGGUCCUUCGGGUCUUGAUCUUACAGGACCUGCAGAUAAUUUUGAGCCAAAUGGACUGACCUGCCCAGCGUGUGUUUCUGAUUCGGACUGGUGUGACCCAAAUUACAGCAUACAGUGUAUUGGAAAAGAAAAUAUGUGCAUUUUUGAAGUUACCAAAAUUUAUGCACCCGAAGAGAAAACUGCCGCAAUUCGGGGAUGUGCCACUGAAAGUCUUUGUCACUUAAGCAACAGUGGAGGCAUAGUGACAAUGGGUACACUGAAAAUAUUACAUUCAGCUUCAUGUACCCCUGCUACCCCUGCAAAUGACAGAAGAAUAGAGCUAUAGAUUUAGAGCAGGGAUUCUCCAUUCCUGAAGUACCCCCAACAGGUCAUGUUUUAUGGGUUCUCUAAUCAUGCACAGGUGAGUUCAUCUAUAUCACUGGGUCAUAAUUAUAUCACCUGAUUCCACAGACAGAAAUCCUCAAACCAUGACCUGUUGGGAAACCUGAGGGUUGAGAGACACUGAUUUAGAGUUACAUUCUAACUAUACAGAAAUAAUGGUUACGCCUGGCAAUAAUGACAAUGUACUACUACAUUUAAAAAUGUUUUAUAAAAUAUAGACACUUGAGUUAAGAAGGUUAAGUAGGUUAUUUGGAAUGGUUCAGUAGAUGUCAUCAAACAACCAAACACAUGUACAAUUAGAAAUUACAACUGUAACUCACAUUAGUCACAACUUAAGUUAUUGAAUCACUGCUCCAGCAGAAGAUUCACCAAAACAGGAAAACCACCACCAAGCACUACUACUGUUACUACUACUACUACUACUGUUA